CUGACCAGUGACGUAGCCGGCGAAACACUUCAGUCCAAACUGCUGCUGUUUGCUAUACAUUUUGUAGGUGGGUGGGUGUUUGUGGCCCUCGUCGAAUUCAGAGUGGACCGCCUGUUAUGGUAAAGUCUCAUAUGCAUUGUUAUAUGUGUACGUUUUAGUGAUUUGUGUAUAUGUUCAUUCAAAUUUUGUUCAAAGUUUAGACUUACUUUGAUGGGAUCAGAAUAACAGUUUCUCACAAACUGACGGGAAAUUCUUCCCACAAACUUCAAGAAAAAUUUUUUUGAGUGAUUCACAGAUUAUCACAAAUUGUCACACUGAGCCAGGACAACCUCAGUAGUUCUAGCACACAAUCUCAGUAGCUUUAGCACACACGUACAGUUGGUUCUAGCACACAAUCUCAAUAGCUUUAGCAUGCAAUUUCAGUAGCUUUAGCACACAAGUACAGUUGGUUCUAGCCCACAAUCUCAAUAGCUUUAGCAUGCAAUUUCAGUAGCUUUAGCACACAAGUACAGUUGGUUCUAGCCCACAAUCUCAAUAGCUUUAGCACGCAAUCUCAGUAGCUUUAGCACACAAGUGCAGUUGGUUCUAGCACACAAGUACAGUAGUUCUAGCACACAAGUGUUGUUCGUCCGUCGAAGUCGACAAGGACCAUCGAAUCAUCCGGUUAGGGGCGGGCGGGGGGGUUGGGAUUACGGUGAGCUCUUAGGUGGCUUGUUAGACCGAUCCUUGCUCGGAAUAAUCUAUGACACAGUGGGCAUGGAAUAGUUGCUUCAGACGAUGACCUAAUGUUGCUCUUUCGGACAAGCCUGCGUGUCUCAGCUGUGGUUAUUCUCUUAGCUUCAUGGGAUUUAGCCCCCUUCUUGACAGCAGCUCUCCAUCUGGCUCUGUCCUGGGCUGUCUGCACCCAUUGAGUAGUGUUUAUGCUGAAGGCCUUUAGUGCCACUUUCAGUGAGUCUUUGUAACGCUUUCUUUGGCCUCCUUGGGAGCGCUUGCCUAUCGUGAGUUCUCCAAAGAAUAUUUGUUUCGGGAGCCGGUGGUCUGCCAUACGGGCUACGUGUCCCAUCCAACGGAGCUGAGACUGCAUCAGAGUGGUGAAAAUACUAGGUAGGCACUUCCCCUCUCCUUUGUGCUGAUGGUUCUACGCACAUUACAGCACACAAGUACAGUAGUUAUAGCACACAAUCUCAGUAGCUUUAGCACACAAUCUCAAUAGCUCUAGCACACAAGUACAGUAGUUCUAGCACACAAGAACAGCAGUUCUAGUACACAAGUACAGCAGUUCUAGCACACAAGUACAGUUGGCUUUAGCAAACAAUUUGAGAAGCUUUAGCACACAAGUACAGUUGGUUCUAGCACACAAUCUCAGUAGCUUGUACAGUUGGUUCUAGCACACAAGUACAUUAGUUCUAGCACACAAGUACAGUCGUUCUAGCACACAAGUACAGUAGUUCUAGCCCACAAUCUCAGGAGCUUAAGCACACAAAUACAGUAGUUCUAGCACACAAGUACACUUGUUUCUAGCACACAAGUACAUUAGUUCUAGCACACAAAUACAGUUGGUUCUAGCACACAAUCUCAGUAGCUAUAGCACACAAGUACAGUUUGUUCUAGCACACAAUCUCAGCAUUAGCACAUAAGUAUAGUUGGUUCUAGCACACAAUCUCAGUAGCUCUAGCACACAAGUACAGUUGGUUCUAGCGCACAAGUACAUUAGUUCUAACAUACAAAUACAGUAGUUCUAGCACACAAGUACAUUAGUUCUAGCACACAAAUACAGUUGGUUCUAGCACACAAUCUCAGUAGCUAUAGCACACAAGUACAGUUUGUUCUAGCACACAAUCUCAGGAGCUUAAGCACACAAAUACAGUAGUUCUAGCACACAAGUACACUUGUUUCUAGCACACAAGUACAUCAGUUCUAGCACACAAAUACAGUUUGUUCUAGCACACAAUCUCAGUAGCUAUAGCACACAAGUACAGUUUGUUCUGGCACACAAUCUCAGCAUUAGCACAUAAGUAUAGUUGGUUCUAGCACACAAUCUCAGUAGCUCUAGCACACAAGUACAGUUGGUUCUAGCGCACAAGUACAUUAGUUCUAACAUACAAAUACAGUAGUUCUAGCACACAAGUACAUUAGUUCUAGCACACAAAUACAGUUGUUUCUAGUACACAAUCUUAGUAGCUAUAGCACACAAGUACAGUUUGUUCUAGCACACAAUCUCAGUAGCAUUAGCACAUAAGUAUAGUUGGUUCUAGCACACAAUCUCAGUAGCUCUAGCACACAAGUACAGUUGGUUCUAGCACACAAGUACAUUAGUUCUAACACACAAGUACAUUAGUUCUAGCACACAAGUACAGUAGUUCUAGCACACAAGUACAGUAGUUCUAGCACACAAGUACAGUAGUUCUAGCACACAAGUACAUUAGUUCUAGCACACAAGUACAAUUGGUUCCAGCCCACAAUCUCAAUAGCUUUAGCACGCAAUCUCAGUAGCUUUAGAACACAAGUACAGUAGUUCUAGCACACAAGUACAGUAGUUCUACCACACAAGUACAGUUGGUUCUAGCACACAAGUACAGUAGUUCUAACACACAAGUACAGUACUUCUAGCACACAAUCUCAGUAGCUUUAGCACACAAGUACAGUUGGUUCUAGCACACAAUCUCAGAAGCUUUAGCACACAAGUACAGUUGGUUCUAGCACACAAGUACAGUAGUUCUAGCUGACAAGUACAUUAGUUCUAGCACAGAAGUACAGUAGUUCUAGCAGACAAGUACAUUAGUUCUAGCACACAAGUACAGUAGCUCUAGCACACAAUCUCAGUAGUUUUAGCACACAAUCUCAGUAGCUUUAGCACACAAUCUCAGUAGCUUUAGCACACAAGUACAGUUGGUUCAGCCCACAAUCUCAAUAGCUUUAGCACACAAUCUCAGUAGCUGUAGCACACAAGUACAGUAGUUCUAGCACACAAAUACAUAAGUUCUAGCACACAAGUACAGUAGUUCCUGCACACAAGUACAGUAGUUCUAUCACACAAGUACAGUAGCUCUAGCACACAAUCUCAGUAGUUUUAGCACACAAUCUCAGUAGCUUUAGCACACAAUCUCAGUAGCUUUAGCACACAAGUACAGUUGGUUCAGCCCACAAUCUCAAUGGCUUUAGCACGCAAUCUCAGUAGCUUUAGCCCACAAGUACAUUUGGGUCUAGCACACAAUCUCAAUAGCUUUAGCACGCAAUCUUAUUUGUUUUAGCACACAAUCUCAGUAGCUUUAGCGCACAAGUACAGUUGGUUCUAGCCCACAAUCUCAAUAGCUUAAGCACGCAAUCUCAGAAGCUUCAGCCCACAAGUACAUUUCGUUCUAGCACACAAUCUCAAUAGUUUUAGCAUGCAAUCUCAGUAGCUUUAGCACUCAAUCUAAGUAGCUUUAGCACACAAGUACAGUUGGUUCUAGCCCACAAUCUCUAUAGCUUUAGCACGCAAUCUCAGUAGCUUUAGAUCACAAGUACAGUUGGUUCUAGCACACAAGUACAUUAGUUCUAGCACACAAGUACAGUUGGUUCUAGCACACAAGUACAGCAGUUCUAUCACACAAGUAUAGUUGCUUCUUGCACACAAUCUCAGAAGCUUUAGCACACAGGUACAGUUGGUUCUAGCACACAAUCUCAGUAGCUUUAGCACACAAGUACUGUUGGUUCUAGCACACAAGUACAGUAGUUCUAGUACACAAGUACAGUAGUUCAAGCACACAAUUACAGUAGUUCUAGCACACAAGUACAGUUGUUUCUAGCACACAAGUACAUUAGUUCAAGCACACAAGUACAGUAGUUCUAGCACACAAGUACAGUAGUUCUAGCACACAAUCUCAAUAGCUCUAGCACACAAGUACAGUUGGUUCUAGCACACAAGUACAUUAAUUCUAACACAUAAUCUCAGUAGCUCUAGCACAUAAUCUCAAUAGCUCUAUAGCACACAAGUACAGUAGCUCUAACACACACUCUCAGUAUUUCUAACACACAAUCUCAGUAGUCCUAGCACACAAUCUCAGUGUUUCUUGCACACAAUUUCAGUAGUUUUAGCACACAAUCUCAGUAGUUCUAGCACACAAUCUCAGUAGCUCUAGCACACAAUCUCAGUAGCUCUAGCACACAUUCUCAGUAGUUUUAGCACACAAUCUCAGUAGCUCUAUCACACAUGUAUAGUAGCUCUAGCACAUAAUCCCAGUAGCUCUUGCACACAAUCUCAGUAGCUUUAGCACAAAAUCUCAAUAGUUUAGCACACAAUCUCAGUAGCUCUAGCACUCAAUCUCAGUAGUUCUAACACACAAUCUCAGUAGCUCAAGCACACAAUCUCAGUUGCUCAAGCACACAAUCUCAGUUGCUCUACCACACAAUCUCAGUAGUUUUAGCACACAAUCUCAGUAGUUUUAGCAGACAAUCUCAGUAGUUUUAGCACACAAUCUCAGUAGCUCUAGCACACAAUCUGCCAUGUUUGUUCAUGACCACAUUUAUAUAGAAAAAGUGACCCAUGUACAGUAGCUUUAGCACACAAUAUCAAUAGCUCUAGCACACAAGUACAGUAGCUCUAGCACACAUUCUGUCAGCCACAUUUAUAUAGAAAAAAGUGACCCAUGACCACGAUACAUUGAAAACAAUACUUUUUAAGUGGGUAAAUUUUGUUAAAUGAAAAGAUAUUUAAUAUUAAAACUUUAUUUUUCAAUAUAAUAUAAUUGUAAUGAAGCACAUCUUUAAUGCCAUGGUUGAAAUGUAUUCAGACUUUAAGGCCCCAAUUGAAAAACAAAAGAAGAAAACUCUUUAAAAAUUGAAUGUUAGUUUACUGUCACAGCUGGCGACCCUAGGCAAAUCCCUUUGCCAACCUUUUUGAGGUCACAUCCCUUGGGCUGGGAACCAGGGCCCUAGUAAUUUGAUUACACCAGGUCGUUUAUGUGCUUAACCACAUUUAUAUUUUAUAUUUUUUAUACUUUACUUAUUAAGACGUGUUCAAAUUUAUAUGCAUACAUGUAUUAACAUUUUUAAUUACUAUUUAAUGAAGCUUUGUCAUGGUAAUUUGUUAGAAACAUUUGGUAAUUAGAUUUAUCGGGACAGAUUUGAAAACUAAAUUUACGACCUUAGAAACUUAAAUAGUUAAAUUCCGCCCCGGCCAACAAUCGUCCGAUAUCCCUCACCACCGUGGUUUGCAAACUGUUGGAGCACAUAAUCGUAAGCACAGUCAUGAAGCAUCUUGAAAGCCAAAAUAUUCUCAAUGACUGUCAACAUGGCUUCCUAGUCAAUAGAUCAUGUGAGACCCAGCUCCUUGAAUUUGUAGAAUACUUGAUGGCCAAUCUGGAGAACCACAAGCAAACUGAUGGGACAAGCAUAUUAAUGUGUGUAACCAAGCAAACAAGACCAUGGGGUUCUUAAGGCGUAAUCUAAAGAUUGGCAACUCCUGUGUGAAAUAAAGAGCCUAUAAAGCCUUUGUCCGUCCGGUUUUAGAUUAUGCAUCUUCAGUCUGGGACCUAUUUACCCAGAAGAGCAUUGACAGGUUGGAGGCUGUCCAGCAACGGGCAGCAUGCUUUGUCCUGAACCACUACCAGAAUACCUCUAGUGUUUGCAGCAUGCUGGAAACACUAGGCUGGUCACCAUUGGAGGAAUGACGAUGACAAUCCAGGCUCUCCAUGAUGUACAAGAUAAAUAAUGAGCUGGUCCACUGUUCCAGUAUUAAACAGAAACUCAUCCCUCUCCCCCAUAGACAGUGACGAGGCCAUAACAGGCUAUUCCUGCUCAUACCCGCAAGAAGCCAGUAUAGGAACUGCUCAUUCCUGCCCAAGACAAUCAGGGACUGGAACAAGCUUUCAAAAGGAACAGUUGAUGCGACAACACUUGACACAUUUGUGUCUAUUGCCUCAAGCCUUCCAACCCCCAGUGCAUGAUUCCCUCAACAAACUAGCACAUGCAAUCACUGAAAUAUCCUCAUCAACACCGGCACAGAAACUUUGCAAAUCCACUCUGCAUGCAUAGGAGCCAAAAUAAUCAAUAAAUUGAUUGUGGGCCCUUAAUAUAUAGAAGAAGAAGAAAUGCAUUUUAACAUGAUUUCUGAAAAAUAUCAUGUCAUUAUUGUGUUUUGUACUUGAAUGAGUGAAACCUGUUUGUGUCUUUCCUUGAGAUCCAUGUCAACUAUUCAGGUGCAUGUCUUUGAGAUCCAUGUCAACUAUUCAGGUGCAUGUCUUUGAGAUCCAUGUCAACUAUUCAGGUGCAUGUCUUUGAGAUCCAUGUCAACUAUUCAGAUGCGUCUCUUUGAGCCAAAGUUUGUCCGUUUGCUGAAGCUUUUUUGAAAUAUUUGUCUUUUCCUUUGAUGGUGCCUUUAGGUAUUUGUUGUGUGGAAAAAGCAUCCCAUUAAAUAUGAUAAACCCUAACCAUCCCGGAGAUGGCCACCUGGCUGAGGAUGGCGAUGUCCAAGAGGAAAGUCGUAGAGUGAAUGAGACCCCUGUGGAGAUCUUGUGUCAGAAUAGUGAGUCUUGUUUCUUGUGUCAGAAUAGUGAGUCUUGUUUCUUGUGUCAGAAUAGUGAGUCUUGUGUCUUGUGUCAGAAUAGUGAGUCUUGUUUCUUGUGUCAGAAUAGUGAGACUUGUGUCAGAAUAGUGAGUCUUGUGUUUUGUGUCAGAAUAGUGAGUCUUGUGUCAGAAUAGUGAGUCUUGUUUCUUGUGUCAGAAUAGUGAGUCGUGUGUCUUGUGUCAGAAUAGUGAGUCUUGUUUCUUGAGUCAGAAUAGUGAGUCUUGUUUCUUGUGUCAGAAUAGUGAGUCAUGUGUCUUGUGUCAGAAUAGUGAGUCAUGUGUCUUGUGUCAGAAUAGUGAGUCAUGUUUUUUGUGUCAGAAUAGUGAGUCAUGUGUCUUGUGUCAGAAUAGUGAGUUGUGUGUCUUGUGUCAGAAUAGUGUGUCUUGUUUCUUGUGUCAGAAUAGUGAGUUGUGUGUCUUGUGUCAGAAUAGUGAGUCUUGUUUCUUGUGUCAGAAUAGUGAGUCUUGUGUCAGAAUAGUGAGUCGUGUGUCUUGUGUCAGAAUAGUGAGUCGUGUGUCUUGUGUCAGAAUAGUGAGUCGUGUGUUCGAAGUUCUACGGUUCUCUUUGCAAUUCAAGAAAUAAAUCAAAUUUUUUUAUUGCAUUGUUACUUUUUGUAAGGGGUGCGAGCCUUAGUAAAACAAUUUUUAAGGGGAAAUGAGAAAAACAACGUGUGGGAAAACCUGCUAAAAAGAAUGCAACAAAACAGUGAACGUGUCGGCAAGAAGCCUUCAUCUGUGAACAAACACCGGAAAAACAGAAUUAAAUCAAAAUAACACUUAGCUGAAAUGUAAUAUCUCGGAUACUACAAUUCAGCUAAGAGUUUUUUCUGGGGGUUUUUUUGCUGAUUAAGUCCCAUUUUUCUAACCUGAUAGCAGUCUCUCCCCCUUAUUACCAGUUUGUAAGGGGGCUUAGACCAGUCUGAGAGUUCAUAGGGGGAGCAAAGUAUAGAAAAUAUUGGAAAACACGCUUGUCACCGAACUGCAGUAGCCAACCUAUGGAAAGUGACAAUGUUCCAUUCUACAAGAAAAUUCAUGAACAUUUCAUAUUUUGAUGUUUUUCUUUCAGACGCCAUUGUGCUCAAGAACCUGCGUAAAAUAUUCUGUGUAAAAUUUAGCCUUAGUCCUUUUGUUGCCGUGCACAACUCAAGCCUGGCCCUGCCCCAGAACGAAUGCCUGGGACUUUUAGGACAAAACGGAGCUGGGAAAACCACUACAUUUAAAAUGUUGACUGGAGACCACAUGGUGUCCUCAGGAGAUGCUUAUGUGAAAGGACUGAGUGUAAAGACUCAAAUAAAAACUGUAAGUUAUAAAAAACGGUAUUAGUUUAAAUUUUUUUUUUUUUUGGACAAAUAUUUUUUUCACAAGAUAAAAUGUUUUGAAAUUGGUUUACUGACAGAGUCUCCAAUGAGUCUUUUAAAUCUUUCAUGGACACGAAAAAUAUGACACUGAAAAAAAAUCAUCAUUUGAGAAAGAAUUUUAAGUUUUGGGGGAAAACAAAUUAAUUAGGUCAUCAUGUCCCUUUAUGCCAUUUAAAGUCAUAGGGCCAUUUCUAGAGUAUUAAAUUUUUUAAGAUGUGGAGUUGUCUAUGGAGUUUGUCCAGAGUGACAAUAUAUAUAUAUAUAUAUAUAUAUAGAGAGAGAGAGAGAGAGAGAGAGUAUGCAGCAACACUAUCAGUACCUGUACUGAAAACUUCGCACCUUGAACGUGUCGUGCAUUUGUCAAUGGUGCUUAGCUCUGAUUGCCACGUGUUAUAGGUUGGAAGAAGGAAGAUAUGUUGGGAAGCUGUUGUUGGAAAUGGGUUUCUCGGGGCAGGAAAAAAGUGCUCAUAGUUUACCAAUAUCUACGCUGUCACUUAAGUGGUCAAGUCGUGUAGUGUGGUCAAGUUGUGUAGUGGGGUCAAGUUGUGUAGUGGGGUCAAGUUGUGUAGUGGGGUCGAGUUUGAAGACGAUGGCUAAACAAUUCAGGGGAAGAUUUAAUGAGACAGCACCAAGUAACACUAUUUUGCUGUGUCUUCUUUUACAAAACUUCCUCGUCCUGGACAGAAACUCUGUUUACAAAAGAAGACCGGUAACUUAAUAUGACGUUCUUCGGAGAAUGGCGGAUUACAAUUUUUUUUUUUAACUUGAUCCUCAUACACCACGGCCAAAGAAAUGUACCAUUUUAUAUCAUCUGAGCUCAGAUAUUUGGCACCCUCAAGCAUUACCCAACAGUAGUCGAUACAAAUGUGUCCUUAAACAAUUGGUGAACGGAAAUAUCGUAGAAAUUGCAGGGUGGGUGCAGCACCUGCUGGAAAACACAUACCAUAUUCUAAUUUGUCAAAACACUUACUGGUCGACAAAACUUAAUCUCCGGCACACUUUCAUUACAAUAAGAUUCUUUAUCAAUAGAGAUCAUAACGGUAUUGCUAGGUGCCAUAACAAUAGAUGGUAUAGCAUUGUUACUUGGUGCUGUAAACAAGACAUAAUAACGGUAUUGCUAGGUGCCAUAACAAUAGAUGGUAUAGCAUUGUUACUUGGUGCUGUAAACAAGACAUAAUAACGGUAUUGCUAGGUGCCAUAACAAUAGAUGGUAUAGCAUUGUUACUUGGUGCUGUAAACAAGACAUAAUAACGGUAUUGCUAGGUGCCAUAACAAUAGAUGGUAUAGCAUUGUUACUUGGUGCUGUAAACAAGACAUAAUAACGGUAUUGCUAGGUGCCAUAACAAUAGAUGGUAUAGCAUUGUUACUUGGUGCUGUAAACAAGACAUAAUAACGGUAUUGCUAGGUGCCAUAACAAUAGAUGGUAUAGCAUUGUUACUUGGUGCUGUAAACAAGACAUAAUAACGGUAUUGCUAGGUGCCAUAACAAAUAGAAAACAUAACAUUGUUACAAGGGGACGUUUGAUAUAAUGGCCUUCAAAAUUGAUCUUUCAUCUUAGUUUUGUUUUUUUUAAAUGUUUGUCCGUUAGGAUCACUUAUGUACGAGCGAAAAUAAUGGUCAACUAUGAAUAAUUUUUACUCCGUCAAGAGACCCAUUUCCCGCAACAACUACCCAAAAUAACUUCCAUAUAACUACUGGGAACACUUGAUGACUGGGGCUGUGCCCAGUAGACAAAUGCACAAUACAAGGGUUUCAGUGCUAAUGGUUUGAUCUCAUAUGGUCCAAAUAAUGCCAUCCACAGAUCCAGGCUAUGAUGGGCUACUGUCCACAGCAAGACGCCCUCCACGAGAGGCUGACCGGAAGGGAGACUUUAUACUUGUAUGCCCGUCUGAGGGGCGUGCCAGAAACAAGUUUACACAACGUCACAGAGGCAAUCGUGGACUUUGUAACCCUUCGACCCCAUGAAGACAAGCUCACUGGUAAAUACAGGUGAGCAAAUGGCAUUUCCUGUGUCUUAAAGGCCUCAAAUUCUAGAGAUACUUUAUUAAGACACGCCAAGAAAACGGGCUAAAUGAAAUUCAUUAUGGGGAAAUAUUUUCCAACAAUUUUUUUUGGCGUAAAAACCAUUAAAACUGUUUGAAAGGCUCAAUAAAAUAUUUACUGUCUCUGGUCAAUUUUGUAAUUACUGGUCACUUUUCUAUGUAUCUCUGAUAUGUUUCAGUUAUAAUUAAAGCAAGCGGAUGUUUUAGCUUUUUCUUCAUCUUUCCGCUUUAACGGGAGACGUUGAGGGGAGUAAAAGUUGGUAUCAUCCACAAGAUGAUCGGCCCCUGAGGGUUCAUGAAAGUCUCCUUGACACAGCCAGUCCACUGCCCUCCUGGUCUUCUCCCAGGGGCUGAAACCGUGGUGCUGCUAUUGUAAGCUUGCAAUCCAUGUUGAUUGAUAGGCAUUCUGACCUGAUGGCCAAACCAUUGAGUUUGAUGGUGGAACAUACACUGUUUGAUUCUUAUGGCACCAAACAUUUCCUGGUUUUGAAUGUGGUCCCUUCUCAUUUUACCAGUUGCUCGACCUUAAAUAUCGCACAGGUGAAGGGCUUUUCUCAAAACAUCUACUCUGAGCCCAGGUUUGAUGCUGGUAAGCACGGGUUGAAAGAAAGACAUCGUUAAUUAAUCAGCAUUUGGACUUCCAUCUUUUUUCUUGGGUGUCUUAGCAGUGUGGCUUUUUGGUAGCUGACUGUAUUUGUCUCCUGCACUCUUGUCUCUGUCUCUCGGUCCAUUCUUCCGUCUGUCGAGUAUGAGCGUUCAUUAGUAAUUGUUGCGACUCAAUAUUAUGUUCAUUAGUUGUUGAACGCUUUUCCCGCGCUUGACUAUUAUAGUUAGUGAACGCUCUUCCCGCCAUUGUCUCUAUGACGUAUUUUUAUGCUGAGUCGUGAUGUAUUGUCUAUGCAGUAUUGUGACGUAUGUUUUAGUCGUGCGGCAGUCUUGAGUGGAACUUUGGAGUGAUAGGAUGUGUAUUAUUUAGGUCUGAUAGCGAGCUGUGAUAUAUUCAAGUGUAUGUGUAUUAUACUUACUUAGAUAUUAAAGUUAUAGUUAUUAUGAAAAGGAGUUGAGUUGUUCAAUGUUAGUGAGAAUAGUAUGACGCUUCAACGUGUGAAAAGAACUGACGAAUGUAAUCAAUCCAAGAAGACGUUAGGAGUUGACACUGUCUUCUGCAAAUAAAAAAUAAGUAAAGGGUUUAGUUUGGAGACCCACAAUAAUUAAUCCCGGUAUUUGUGGAUAAUUUUAAAAAACCCUAUCUGAAAUAAUUGGUUCCUUAAGCCCUUUAUCAAACUUUAGUCAAAUAUAUUUGUUUAUGUAUCUUUUUUAUUUGCCAUGUUACAGUGGAGGAAAUAAAAGAAAAUUGUCUGUUGGUAUAUCAAUCAUCGGUGACCCUUUGUUCAUUAUGCUGGAUGAGCCGACGGCUGGAAUGGACCCAGUGGCUAAGCGAACAUUAUGGACCGUUCUACAUUUAAUAAGAUCAUCAGGCCGGACACUGGUGCUGACCUCUCACAGGUAGGUCUGAAAAAUGUUUCAUGCCAUGUCAGGUCAACUCAUGGCUCAGGGGCACAAGUGAUUUAGUGAUCAAUGAGUGGGAUCAAAUUAGUAUAUUAUGUGAUCUGGAGUUGACCAUCAUUUUCUGCAUUUUACUUGAUACCGUACCAUUUAAAUUCUUGUUUAUGCGCCAUUUUGCUCUUUCAAUUCUCAACGAAGUGGCUGAUUUCCGAUUAAUUGAAAUUAACAUUAUGGAAGGCGUUGUCUUGGCGCAUGUUUGCCAAAUGUCCAAAAAUUUACGGAAGUCCAUAAAAAGUUUACCUAAAAUGACUUAGCUGGGUUGAUGUGUGGACACCACGAAAUCGCAUCCAUACUUGUUGGCUGGAGUUUAAAUCCCAGGAAUAUUAGAGAACAAGAAAUCAACAGAGGGCAAAGCAACAAUCGCAUAUAUUGACUUGUCUACCACAUAUUGUAACUAGUCUACCACUUAUAUUGAGACUCUCAUCCACCGCGUAUUGUGACUUGUUUACCAUGUAUUCUGACUCAUUUACCACAUAUUGUGACUCGUUUACCACAUAUUGUGACUCGUUUACCACAUAUUGUGACUCGUUUACCACGUAUUGUGACUCUUUUGCCACGUAUUGUGACUCGUCUAGAAGAAAUGGAUAUUCUGACAACAAAUUUCCUUUAUUACUUCAUCGAAUAUGGUUAAGUCUAUAGGGUGCCUUUGGUGAUCUGACACUCAAAAUACCAGUAACUCCUUCGAUGUACUGUGGCAAAGCUGUGCUGACCAUUUGAUGUGCCAGUGCCAUACAAUGUAGUUCUCCAGUUGACAAACAGGCAUCUUCUAAAGACAUUUUUUCGUUUUAAUCUCUCAAGACAUUUCCAGUACAAAUUUAUGACAUCUCUUGAAGACUGAUGGUUUCCCAAAAAAAUGUCUUUUUUUUUUUCAUGGAAACAUCAAGAUACAGCUUUAUUAGUGGUCAACUUAGUUCUAUUCAAGAUACAGCUUUAUUAGUGGUCAACUUAGUUCUAUUCAAGAUACAGCUUUAUUAGUGGUAAACUUAGUUCUAUUCUAGAUACAGCUUUAUUAGUGGUCAACUUAGUUCUAUUCAAGAUACAGUUUUAUUAGUGAACAACUUAGUUCUAUUCUAGAUACAGCUUUAUUAGUGGACAACUUAGUUCUAUUCAAGAUACAGCUUUAUAAGUGGACAACUUAGUUCUGUUCUAGAUACAGCUCAAUUAGUGGACAACUUAGUUCUAUUCAUCAUUGAGGCAGGCAAAACACAAUGAUAAACAAUAUAUUUGAUAAAUUUUUAUUUCAGUAUGGAGGAAUGCGAGGCAUUAUGCACUAGAAUAGCCAUAAUGGCCAAGGGGAGAAUACUCUGCCUGGGCAGUCCCCAGCACCUGAAGAACAAGUACGGGCAAGGAUACACCGUCGUCAUACGGGCCAGUGUAGACGAACACGGCAAGGUCUUAAAACUGGAUGAAGCUCAUAAAUUCGUGGUUCAUGCGUUACAAAAAUCACAGGUAACGUUGGGGGAGGGGCUGCAUUAAACGAACUUCCUUCCCUCCCACAACACAGAGCCCGUCCACGGUUUACUUUCCAACUCAUUUUAUUUAGUCGUCGGUCAUUGCCAGCUUCUCAAGGUUUGAAAAAACAAUAUCCUUGUUGUUGUACUGUGGGCUACUCAUACAUCUCCUUGUUGUACUGUGGGUUACUGGUACAUCUCCUUGUUGUACUGUGGGCUCUUCAUACAUCUCUUUGUUGUUGUUGUACUUGCUACUCGUACAUCUCUUUGUUGUUGUUGUACUGUGGGCUAAUCAUACAUCUCCUUUUUGCUGUUGUACUAAGGGUUAAUCGUGAUUAUUUUUAAAAAUUAUUUCUUAAUGCUGAAUCCAGACUUCUUGGAUUCAUUGUAAAUCUUAGAGAUUUGAUUAAUGAAGCUCCUGUUUUGUUUUUUUUUAAUUUUUUUUGUUGUUUUUUUUUAACUCUUUUUAUUUUUGUCCAAAAUGUCGCAACUUUAUGAAGUAAAGAAAGGUUGCAUUUGAUAAAAGAUCUUAAUCAUAAAAUAUUGGGGUGGAAAAAAAAAGCUACAAUACAUUUUGUUUGUUUAUGUUUAUCAUCAGGUCUUUGCCACACAAGAAGCCUACGUUCACCUUCAGGUGUCGGACAGUGUUCCGCUGUCCAUUCUGUUCUCCACUCUGGAACAAGCCAAACAGAAAUACAAGUUUCAGUUCUACACCGUGCAACAAACCACCCUGGAGCAGGUGUUCCUCAUGUUCAUGAAGGAAACGUUUGUUUGAAAUGGUCUACUAGAAUACAUAUAUAUGAUGCACUAGAACACAUAUAUGACCUACUAGAACAC